GAAAAAUACCUUAAUUAACUUGGCUUUGGGAGCCUGCUCGAACACGAGCUACGAAUACCGAAGAAAUAGUGUCCCUCACUCUCAAUGUCUGCUCCUCAGAAAUUCAAAGUUUUCGUGGUGGCUCGUUAUUCAAAUAACUGAUCCCAGUGACACAUGAAGCAAAAUUGGUUUUAUUAGUGAAGUUUUGAUUAUUUAUAUUGUAAGAAGAGAGAAAUGGAGAGCCGUAUACCCAGGGGCAGUGAGCCAUCAGGGACAAGUUGGACCCCUGCAAUGGAAAGCUAUUUCAUUGGUCUAUUGUUGGAUCAGGUGCAUAGGGGCAACAGGAUGGGCUACACUUUCAACGAACAAGCUUGGAAUGAAAUGCUGGCCUUGUUUAAUGCUAACUUUGGAUCUUCUUAUGGUGUAAAUCUGCUCAAAAGUCGUUACACGUCUUUGUGGAUGCAGUUCAAUGACAUAAAGAAUCUUCUUGAACAAAAUGGGUUUUCCUGGGAUGAGAGUAGACAAAUGGUGAUUGCCAGUGAUCAUGUUUGGGAUGCCUAUAUCAAGGCACACCCUCAUGCACAAGCCUACAGAAGUACAGCACCGGUGAACAUCAAAGACUUGUGUUUAAUAUAUGCACAUAAAAGUGCAGAUGGAAGAUAUAGCCUGUCAAGUCAUGAUAUGGUCUUUGCUGAUGACGAUCAAGUGGUGAAAGCUGGAACCGGAGUUUCCGUGAGAAAUCCAGAUCCAGUUACCAGAACAGAUUGGACAGUAGCUAUGGACUGUUAUUUUGUGAAGCUUAUGUUGGAACAACUUAAAAAUGGCAAUAGGAUCCGUAAUACAUUCUGCGGAAAAGCAUGGAACCAUAUGCUUAAGUUCUUCAACAAAAAAUUUGAUGCCCAAUAUGAUAAAAGCUUCUUAAAAAACCGUUAUGAUAAACUUGAGAAUUACUAUACUGAUGUAAAAAGUCUACUUGACUUGAAAGAUUUUUCAUGGGAUGAAAACCAACAAAGGAUUGUUGCUGAUGAUUAUGUUUGGGAAAAUUAUAUCAAGGUACAUCCACAUGCUAGCUCCUAUCGGAACAAGACCUUGGUUAACUAUCGAGACUUGGGAUCAAUCUAUGACAAUGCUAUGUGCAAUGCGCAUUGCAAUUUUAUGCAGGAAGGAAGAUGCAGUCGUUCUUGCAGUGAAGAUCAUAUUAGCAAUGGCCCAAUUUUGACAAUGGGAGUUGAUAAGGACACCCAAGACUGUGCGUUAGGUGACUACUCAAUGACAGAUUGGACACCUUCAAUGACCCGUUACCUUGUUGACCUUAUGCUAGAAGAAGUUCGGAAGAGGAACCGGAUUAAUUAUGUUCUCAACAAUCAAGCCUGGUCAGAGAUGACUGUAUUGCUCAAGGAAAGAUUUGGUACACAGUUUGACAAAGACUACCUUAAGAAUUGUUGUAAGGGUUUGGAAAAUAUAUACCAAGACUUGAGAAGUCUUCUUGAUCAGAAAGGGUUCUCAUGGGAUGAAACACAGCAAAUGAUCACUGCAUAUGAUGGUGUUUGGGAUGUUUAUAUUAAGGUGAGUUAUACUUAUUUUUUUGUCUUACUUUUGAGCUUCAAUUCUUGGUGGCUGACCUUGGAUAUACAGGAGCAUCCUUAUGCAAACUAUUACAGAAAUCAUCGAAAGCCAAAUUAUAAUGAUCUAUGCUUGAUUUAUGGAAAUUCAGAAACUAAGUUGACAUGUAAUCUAGCUAAUCAGAAUUUUGGAUACAAGGAUUACAGCACCAAAUUUCAAAAUUUUCACUGGAGAAGUGACUGGACACCACCAAUGGAUCGGUAUUUUAUGGACUUAAUGUUACAGGAAGUGCGGAAUGGAAGCAUGGUUAAUCAUAAGUUUGAUAGAUUAACCUGGAGAGAUAUAGUGGUCAAAUUUAGUGCAGAAUUUGGGUCCCAGUAUGACAAAGAUGUCUUAAAAGGUCGUCAUGUGACUUUGAGAAAGAGAUUCAACGAUAUGAAGAUUCUGAUUAAUCAGAGUGGGUUUGCUUGGGAUGAAAUACAACAGAUGAUAACAGCUGAUGAAAGACUGUGGGAUGCUUAUGUGAAUGCACACCCUGACAUGAAUGCAUACCGCAAUAGAACUCUUCCAAAUUUCAAUGAUUUGUUUUUGAUAUAUGGAAAUACAAGUUGUGGCAGAAAUUCAAACUAUUCUGACUGCUAUAGGGCUUCUAAGGAUAAUGAACUGGAUGUUUGGGAGUACAGGUACAGCCAUUCCCUAGCUGAUGACGAACCUAUGAGAAUAGCUUGGACAGUGAAAAUGAACCAUUAUCUGAUUGGCCUUCUAUUGGAGCAGUUGAACAGAGGGAAUAAAAUUGGUGAUACAUUCAGUAAGAAAGCUUGGUCCAGGAUGACUGCAUCUUUCAAGAGAGAGUUUGGACUUCUUUGUGACAGAGAUGCUCUAGAAAAUCGGUAUUUUGGUCUUAUGAGAGUCUAUAAGGAUGUCACAUAUCUUCUAAAUCAGAAUGACUUUGCCUGGGAUGAAAUUGGGCAGACGUCAAGGGCAAAUGAUAUUUGGCAGGCAUAUUUUGAGGAGUAUCCAGAUGCCGUUACUUUUGGAGAGACCCUACGAGACAAUUAUAGUGAUUUGUGCUUACUUUUUGGGAAUCUAAAUCAAAAUAGAAAACUGGGCCGUGUGAGAAUGAAAUUGAAGACAAAUAAUAAUAAUAAUAAUAAUCUUGGGAUGGAGAGUAACGAAAUCAUAGGAAACCUGCAAUCUUCAGCUAGGGAAUUUAAAACAGCUGAUGGGAGAAGAAAGCGAAAAUCUCAAGCUGUGUUGACUUCCUCAAAUGGUAGAAAAAUUCAAAAAUUCGUCCUAGGUGAAAUGCAAGAAGAUUUUGAAGAGAAAAAAGACAACUCAAUAGAAUGCAUAGUUGCUGCACUUCAAACUGUACCAGACUUGGAUGAUGAGCUCUUCUUGGAGGCUUGCUUACUUCUAGAAGACGAAAGGAAGGCUAGGAUGUUCGUGGCUAUGGAUGCAUCUGCAAGAAAAAGGUGGUUGCUUAAAAAGCUUCAACGGUAGUACCAAUUUGAUUGUGAAUGUAUGAAGUCAAAACUUUGUUAGUUUCUUAAUAGAACUUGAUUUUGGAGUAAAGCCAAGUUUUCAAGGGAAAUGUUUAGCAUAAUUUACUCAUAACUAGUGGAAAUGAUAA